ACACGGGAAAUCCCGUCAAGGCUAUCUGCACAGGCCCACCGCCGCGCGCCCACCACCACUGCCGAGUACCCUAGCAGGCGGCACACCAGUACGUGCUAGUGCUAGCUAGUCGAUCAUGGCGGCUUCGUUAGGAUUUAACAGCAGCCAUGAAGCAUACUACUACCAAGCUGCUGAUCCCCUCGUAGCAGCAGCAGCAGCAGCACACAGUGCCGCUCCGCUCAGCUUCCCCGAGCUCGGCGCCGUUCGGCCCUCCGACUACUCGCCGGCGCUGUCUCCGGGGUACUUCGCCGCGGCAGGAAGCGAGAUGAGCAGCUUCCCAACGUCGUACUACUACUACAACGGAGCCGGAGCGUACGACGGCGGCGCGGCGAGGGGAGUGAGCGGGCGGUCGCCGGCGGGGAGGAUCGGGUUCCGGACGCGGUCGGAGGUGGAGGUGAUGGACGACGGCUUCCGGUGGAGGAAGUACGGGAAGAAGGCGGUGAAGAGCAGCCCCAACCUGCGGAACUACUACCGGUGCUCCGUCGAGGGGUGCGGGGUGAAGAAGAGGGUGGAGAGGGACCGCGACGACCCGCGGUACGUGAUCACCUCCUACGACGGCGUCCACAACCACCCCACCCCCGGCAGCCACGGCGCGUCGCGGGAGGCGGCGUACUCGGCACCGGCGCCGCCCACCUGGACCUGGAGCGACCUGCACGCGGCGGCGGCUCAUUCGUCCGAGUCUUCGUACUGAACUGAGCUACGGAUGAACGGUAGCAGCCGGUUGGUGCAGAAGCACUUCAGAAGAUGGUGUUAUCUUAUCAGGUAUCUACAUCGACAUAUGUGAUGUGAAGGCUUGAUCCUUCGAGUUCGAUGGAAGAUGAGGAGAACUAGGUGGUGGCUGCGAAGAAACAAUAAAAGUACUGAAGUUGUUUUGCCAGAGUUAUGAAGGUGCUUUUGGUAUUUUAAUUGGGCCGUGCCUCUUGUCAUCUAAAUUCAGUUGGUUGAAGUGCUUUGUAAUGAUCGUGGAUGCUCAGGAUUUGGGGUCUGUAUCUACCAAUAGUCGGUUAGACAGUUAUGUUCUAAGAUAUGUUUGACGUAUUGAA